AAAACUGACAUUACAAUAAUUUAUUGUUUGUUUCACUCAGUUCAACUCUUUCCACUUAAAUUGAGCGCGGUUUCGCAUCUUUUUUUAACAUUCACUUUAUACGCCUGAGUCGAUGAAUCAGCUGGUAGGCAUGUGCAAGCGCGUCCUUCCGUGACCGACUGUUGUGCACUUUUACGAAGAUAAUCAACAAAGACAGCAAAAACCACUCGAAUCAAAGACACGUUCGCUAUCAAUUUCGAUUAUUCUCAGUAUUCCGCAUCGUUUUCGCUCAUUUGCAACGAUUUCGUGCGCAUUCUUUUGUGUUAGAGCACAUGCUUCAAGAGCACCCGCACCAUGGACGACGUUCGUUCGCUGGUUCAAGAAGAAGGAAGAGAGGCACGAAAUCUGCUUGCUUUCAGCAUUGCAGUCGACGAUAAAUUAAAUAAAGUUGCUCGAAAACCACCUUGUACACCAAGAAUCAUUGAAUCUCGAAGAUCUUUAAAAUCCACACAAGCAUUCAGAUCAAGAUCUGGUACAAGAGUAAGAUCAGCAUCAACUGGAAGAGACAAAAAGUCGGAAUUACGCGCGCGGUAUUGGGCCCUUUUAUUCGGCAAUUUACAACGUUCAAUUGGAGAGAUAUACAACACUGUGGAGACUCAUGAGAGUGUCACCGAGUGUCAGGAAGUAACAUUAGUCCUGGAAAACUAUCUGCGAGACUUCAAUGCACUUACUGAAUGGUUCAGAUUGAAAUGGGACUAUGAAAACACUCCUGGCCCUCAACGCCCCACAUCCCUCGCGUGGGAGAUCUGCAAAAGUAAUCUCAACAACAAGACACCAUCCGGAAAGUCAAGCCCCAACUGCACAGGCAGUGGUAGAUCAAGCCCCAACACAGGUAAAAUAAGCCCACGUAUUUUGACGCAAAAAUUACGCAGUACCACGUCUGCCCCAACAAGUCCUUUACCACUUGAAACUCCGAUAUUUGAAGACAAGAUCUUGGAUAUUAAUAAGUCAGAUAUACAGUUUUUGAAUGAAUCUUACUUACAAACUGAGAAACGCGAUCAACCAGUUGCAGAAGCCGUUAAAAUUGAAAUAAUUAAACCUCCGCCAAACAUAAUAGAUUCUCCUAGUGAGGAUCAAAGAACUUAUGAUAUUAUGCGCAAGACAGGCGUGCCUAGUGCUGAAAAAAGCACUAGCACCGAAGAUGACUUCCCAAGGUUACCAUUAAAAAAGCCUGUGACUGUAAAAAUCAGUCAGGAAUCACAGACGGAAGAUACAGAGAAGAAACCGUCGCCUACAAAGAUAAAAAUUGAACCGAAAGUUACCAAACCAGCAUCGCGACCGGCAUAUUCCGUUGCUUUAGCUAAAAGUUCAUCGGCGAAAGCAGUUCUUGCCGCUAAAACCAAACCGGCGGUUUUACCAGCUGGUAAACCUCCUUUGAACACAGGUAAUGGUCAGAUUUCGAAUAGAUCUACGUUCGGGUCGAGAAAUCCCAUCCCUCCGAGGAGUACGCUAGCUAGAAGCAAAACAGUAGGUGAUAUGAAGAGUUCCAAUCUGGUUGGAAGGCUUAAAGUUGAACCUAGACCACGUGUGAUUGCUUCUGCCUCAGCAAAUAAGGUUUCUGUGAAUAAAACUGUUACCAAUGUACGAAAUCGUCUCUCCGUACCGAAUACCAACCUAAAAUCUAAAGAUUAUGGCAGUUCUGUUGAGACUUUAGUCAAUCACAAGAACUAUUCAGUUGAGAAUAUUGACAUGACGAAUUCCAGCAAUAGUAUUGCUAGUUCAGUGGAAACAUUGAACAAUGAAAACGUUAAGAAUACUGCGGAUGGUUGGUUUACGGUGAAAUGUCGGUCUAGAUUCAAAAAUAAUGGCAAAACGCGAAAAUCUGACACAGCGCUUUCUUGGGCGACAAGGUUUCAUCAAGUGAGUGCAACUGCAAGUUUACCAGCUCUUGCACUGCUCCCAGAAAACUCUGAAAAGGCUACAAUUGAUAAAACAGCUAAAGAUAAUCUCAACACGUUGAAAUCUCUUAAUACUUCGAAUAAUAUGAAAUCAAACGAUAAAAUCGAAAACAAAAUUGAAUCAAGGAAUAAAUUAUACCUCAGAAGGUCACAUACAACACUUUCCAGUAUGGUUUAUUCAAAAAAUUCAGUCCAGGAAAAGAAUAAAACCAAUUUAAGCAUUAAAAAGUCGAAUGACAGGGAAAAGUACGAAGAACGCCGGAAAAAAGACCUAGAUUCUGAGACAGACGAUGAAUCGAAGAAUAAAGAUACUCAGGAGGAUAUCGCCAGUGAGGAGGAGCAUCGCCAGAAAGCUAAACAACUCACCGAAGAAGAGGAACGUCUGAAUAUAGAAAUCGCAAAGUUACAGGGGUUGGAAAUCGAUGUGGAUACAGAAACUGACGGGACUGAAACAGAUGGAGAGUUGCAAUGUGAUAACGAGGAUAGUGAAUAUCCUGUGUUGAAUGUAAAUCUGAAUCUGAAUUCGCAUCAGAAUGAAGAUAGUGAGCUAUCUUUGGAGGCUAGAUAUGAACCGAUGUUAGCUGGGAUGAGUUGGGGAGAAAGAGUUGAUACUCUUGCAGCUUUAGAGGCUUUAGUCGCGCGGCAUCCUGGUAGGGCUUUGGAGUUACAUCAAAAGUUGUCGAAUCCCUCGAGAAGAUGCACGUUGUCUGAAACGUUGAAGAAAUAUCAAGCGAAACAGGCAAAGGCGCAACAACGCAGACAAGUUCUACAGCAUGAUAAAGCUGUGAAGUUGCAAGCGUUGUUAGCUAGGGUUGAAGAUGUCAAAGCUGCGAAGUUGCAGUUGAUUGAAGACAAGCGGAAACGCAUGGAGAUGAAGUUACAACGCGCUGCGCAGAAUCGCAAGAAGCAUUUGAAAGGAAUUGUGAGGAAAGCGCAUGAUGAGGAGAAUAAACUCAAAGAAAUUGCGUUUAUUAAUGAGAUUGAAGCACAAAAUAAACGACAUGAUUUUCUGCAAUUAUGUCGUGAACAACGUGAUCGCGUUCAAAUCAUCCAAGAUGAUCAAAAACGUCAGGAAGAGAAAGCAGCUAAGGAAGCAGCUGUAGAAGAACGUCGAAAAGCUUUAGAACGUGAAAGACUCGAGCGUUUAGACCGUCUUCAAGAUGAAAGACGUUUGAGAGACGAGCGUAUCGGACAACAACAGCAACAACGCGAGCGUGAACGCCAAGAAUUAGCCAGAGAAACACGGGAUCGUGAAGAACGAAAAUCUGCACUGCUUGCACAAACAUUAGCUACCAAAGAAGAGCUUAGUAAGAAAAUAUUACAAAAACAAGAAGAAUCUGCACGGAGACAUGAAGAAAACAUGGAGCAAAUUCGUCAGAAAGCGCUGGAACUUUCCAUACAUCGUUGUCAUACUGAUGAUAAUCAAGCGCCGAAUAUUACUCCGUAUCCCACGCAGAAGUUCUGUACUUUAUGCAAUGUACUUAUCACUUCCGAAGUGUAUCUAGUCAGUCAUAUUCGUGGUAGAUUACAUCAGGAAACUGUUAAACAAACACUUGGUAAUCAACAACUUGCCGGAGAUGAAUUGGAAAGUUAUAAUCUGCGUCAGAUUGUCGAUGCGCCUGCAGGUAAAGAAGAUCCGAAAACUGUAGCGGCUAAAGAACGUGGAAAAACUUAUAAGAAACGCAGUAAGAAGAUUCGUCAGCGUAUGGCUUUCAAAGCAGCUGAGUUUGAGAGUUCUCUUAAGAAGAGCGGUGCUGAUAGCGCUAAUAAGCGUAAUCUUAAUAAGAAUAUUAAUACAAUUAGUAGUAUUACUAAUCAACCUAUGCAAGGAUGGUCUGCAGCAACCAGUAGUCAACUGGAUAAGCUUUUGAAUGAGUUGUCGCGGAUUUUGACCAAAGGGAGCGAUAAUGACGUGAUGGUGUUUCAAAACGUGGGUGGCUUUACGAUUCUGGCCAAGUUGUUGAGUCUUGGUUUUGAGACAAAUUCACCAAUUGCACAAAAGACUUUAAUUAUUGCUUGCAAUGUUUGGCAGUCUACAAUGAAGGGGAGUAGCCAAAAAGUGGCUGAGUAUGUCAUUCUGUCGAAUAAGAUUGUGGCAGCUUUGGAUUUGCUCAACGCAAAGUUACAGGAUAUAGGCGAUUCGGUGGAUUCGCCGCCCUCGGAUCCCCUAUGUACGGCGCUGAUGCAGCUGCUAACGAUGAUCCUGCGCAACGCGCCCGACGAUAUCGCCGCCAACCGUAUGCAGGAUUUCGUUAGCUUCGCCGUGUGUUUGGGCGUCGUGGAACAGCUCUCCAAGUGUUGUUUGGCGGUGCGUAGCGCCGUACAUGACAUUCCUGCUGCCUGUGCGUUCCUGUUGGCUGCCUUGGAGUUUCUGGCAGCUUUGGCGGACCACUGUCCAGAGGAAUCAGACCCUACACAUUUGGUUGGUACUUUACAUUGUACUGAAUUAAUGGGAGCUGUGUCGAUGUUGUAUGGUACUCUCCUGCCGCCGGAUUCCGCGCCGAGGAUCGAAGGCCAAUCGCCGCCGGUGAUUCCGGCGUCUUGUUUGAAUCUGGCGAUUGCGACGUUCAAGUUUUUGCGGCGCGUCGCCGAACUGGAUCUGAACAAAUUUCAGGACGCGCUCGGCGCCGAGGGCAUCUCGCUGCAGUUUCGUCACAUCGCCAGUCAUCUGAUUUGGUGUUGCACCUCGCCGACGCUGGCGAUCCCGACGAACGCCAGUAAGGAGUCGAUUGCGGCCGCUUCGUCCACGCAGUGUCACGAUAAUCUGCUGCACCAGGUCAUACACGUCGCUGGGUACUUUGCCGUGGAGAAUUAUGAAAAUCAGAUGUUGCUGGUGAGCGGCCAACCUCCGUCGGUAUUGCAACAGUUGUAUUCAUUGCCGAUGCCGUACUUUUCGGUUGAGGCUUUGUCUGUUAUACUGUAUCCGACUUUAUUGGCCUGCACCAUUGGCAAUGCGCAUACUACUGCAAUAUUAAAGCAAGAAUUAUCAUACGAGAUUUUGGAGGAGUUUAGACAGUCAGAUGUUGGUAAGGAUAAUCGUCUGGUGAAACUCUUGAAACAUCAUUAAACGUCCCUUUGUAUUCACAUUGCAAUAAUUAAUAUUUCAAGAUCCAUAGAUCUAUAUUUUUUAUAUACACUUAGAUACUCAAAGUAUUACUCAUCUAAUCACUAAAUACUUAAGCCUAGUAUUUAUCCGGCGUUUAGCAUCGACGCGCGCAAAUAAAUCACAAAUUAAUCUUGUUUUACUUAAGACUAAUUAACGGCGCGACGCGCGCACGUCUACAUUAACGCAUCGCGGCGUUAAGAUAUCUCGCCGACUUGAGUGAAUUAUGCGCAUCCGAUUUGUGCAAUUUACCAGCGUGCCGUCUAAGCACACAGCGCACGCGACACAAAUCACACAUUACACAAUAAAUUGAUUUCGAGUGAGAAUUUAUUAUUUACAUUAACAUACCAGCAAUAUAUAUUUUUUCGUCGAUUUUGUGAUGUAUGCAGCUGAGAUUUAGUUAUUUAGUUAUAUAAUAACUAUGUGAUUUUUGGCAAUAUAAAUAAAUUGUAUGUAUUCACACCAAAA